UCUGCUCAACUGAGCAGUGAGACGCACAGAGAUCAACACAAACAGAAAGUGGAAUGGGCAUGUGAUACUAGUUUAGGAGGAACUAGCUGCGCACUGAUUUUUUCUUUGUAUGGGAGGAAGGGAACACAACUACCUGUUGAGAUGGAAGGUACAACCUCUCCAGCAUACCUCAAUGUGAGCAUCUCACUGAGAACAGACAUUUUCAACUCAUCUUCGCCUCCCAAGAACGAUACAGAACCUUACAGUGAGAAAAUCAAGAUCCUGAUGGGAAUGGUCAUGUCUGUUCUGGUUUUGUGCAUAGUCUUUGGCAACAUCCUGGUCAUAACAGCAAUCGCUCGCUUUCAACGUCUCCAAAAUGUCACCAACUGUUUCAUUACAUCCCUGGCGUGUGCAGACCUGGUCAUGGGUCUCAUCGUGAUUCCUUUCGGUGCCUGUCACAUCAUCUUAAAAACAUGGCCCUUUGGUAGUUUCUGGUGUGAUUUCUGGACUGCAACCGAUGUCCUUUGCGUGACCGCAAGCAUCGAAACCCUGUGUGUCAUAGCCAUAGAUCGAUAUUUGGCUAUUACUUCACCAUUCCGCUACCAGUCAAUGCUGACAAAGUGCAAGGCUCGACUUGUGGUUGUGCUGGUGUGGGUGAUUGCUGCCUUGAUAUCUUACCUGCCCAUCCAUAUGAGAUGGUGGACGGCAGACACCGAUGAGGCUCAGGAUUGUAUCAGUACCAGUACGUGCUGCGAAUUCGACACCAACAUGGCUUACGGCAUCACCUCCUCGAUCAUCUCCUUUUACAUCCCUCUGAUCAUUAUGAUCUUCGUCUACAGCCGGGUUUUCCAGGAAGCAAAGCGCCAACUCAAAAAGAUUGACCAAAGUGUUGGACGCUUUCACAAUUGUGACAACAGUGACUUUAAAUCUCUGGAACCCAACAAUGGACGCUGCCAAAAAAAAGUCAAGUUUUGCCUUAGGGAACACAAAGCCCUGAAAACUCUGGGUAUCAUCAUGGGGAUCUUCACUCUAUGUUGGCUGCCCUUCUUUCUGCUCAACGUGGUCGUGGCCAUUUACCACACUGGCGACAAGCUCACCUUUAGGAUACUGAACUGGAUAGGUUACUCAAACUCUGCCUUCAACCCGCUGAUUUACUGCCGGAGUCCCGAGUUCAGGUACGCCUUCAAGGAAAUCCUCAGCAUGAAGGGGAACCGCCUCGGUAACCCGGGAUCAGUUAACGGAUACAUUUACAGCAGGAACAGCUGGCAGAGCGAGCAGCAAGGGAGGAGUAAGGGCAGUGCAGAGGACAGUGACACCAACGAAGGGUGUCUUGUGCAGGUGGUGGGGGUCAGCGGUCCUGAGGACAGAGCAACGGACCCAAAUGGCAACUGCAACAAAGCCCCAUCGACUGUAAAAACUGCACUGUGAGCUCGCAGCCCCGAGACACCACUCACCCAAUCCAGAUGUGUUUACAGUGCAUCAUAAACUGUUCUCCUAACAGUCUGAUGAAGGUAAAGUCGGUCACUUGAACUGGCAGAUUGACAGCUGAACUGCGAUCAGCAUGUUCCACUGAGGAAAGUAUUUCUUUUUAUACAGUAAAUUAAUACUGUCAGUAGAUCAUUUUAAUAUUUUUUCUAUUAUCUUUUUUUACAUCGAUCAUAGUGACUUUACAUCUACCUCAUUGCAUUUUAAAUUUUUGUUAUUUUUUUUUAUAUUUCUAUCUUAACUCACUGUUUCUGACAUUCGGCUCCACUUGAGUUAAACAAGGGUAACGUCUGAGCUGUUUAUUUACCUUACUAAGUUGUUUGCGGAUGGUGUAAUUGCUUCAGCUGAAUCUUCUGGGUAUGUUUUUAUUUUAGCUCUCUUGGGGAAAGACUGUACACUUUCAUUAGCUUAAACAACACUUUUUUAGUUUCAAAGUAAAUACUGUUGGAAGCUGUCAGUAAGGUGCACUCACCAGGUGCGUGAUUAAGUUAUUUAUUUGCAUUUGAAGGGUCAAACUGUUUUGCGUCAAAAGAUACAUUCCAAAUGAUCAGAGAUUAAAAUCUGGUAUUUUUUUGUUAGAUUGUGGGAGCGUUAAAGAUCAGCAGUACAUGAGUUAAAACCUGUCUUUCUCCCCUUCCCUGCUGUCUGCUCUGGUGUUUAACGGAUUGUUACGUUUGAGUAUCUGUUGUCAGCAGAAAGCUGAGAUAUGUAAUCUAGAUCUCACUGUGGACCUGAAACAAAUGCCUGUGGCCAUCCUCUGUGAAUGCGACAGUAAAACUUGAAAGUUUAUUUGCAUCAGCUAAAUGUUGUUAUAAAUCGUAUGAACAUAUAAAUUAGCUUUUGAAAGGAAAGCUGAUUACACCAUGAAACGAAUUGACCUCCCAUGGUUGCAGCUUAAAAAUAAAUCACUGGAUUGUUCUAUUUUUUUUUUUCAAUGGUUGGAAAAUGCUCAACCUAAACCUGUCUUGGCCUGGAUUCUGUAAAGGGCCUCAAAAUGUGCAAUGUGCCAGCUAAAUGCAAAAUUAUUGGUCUAUAGUGUUCCUUCUAUGCAAUAGUAGCAAUUGCACAUAAACUUGCACAAGCCCCUGUUUGUUUAUUGAAUUUGUGGUUGCUGUGUUUCAGUAUGAACAGUGUUUACUGCAACCAGAGAAGCGAUUUCCUCAUACUGCAAGGGUACAAACCACACAUAAUAAUAAACAGGGCGGCAACAUAGCUAAGUGAUAAAGUUCCAGCGCUGAUGUGCUGAUGGCGACUGCGGGCCAAGAAAGGGAAGGCAAAGACAGAGACGGCUCAUGAAAAGCGCACCUUUGUCACUGCUCCAUGACAUUUCCCAGACUCUCCUCAGUAUAUACAGACGUCUUUGUCUCUCUGAAAAGUAACAUUUGGACAAAACACUGGGGAAUCCACGGAACAGUGCCGCAGCUGCUCUUCUUGUUUCAGUUCGUUUAGGUCAGUCUUCUUUAAAUGCUUCUUGAUGUGCACUCUCCAGGAAAUGUCCCAAUCCAGCUGAGCCCAGUUCCAAUAAUCAUGAAUAAAUACAUUGUCUGUGUUCCUUAGCGAGAGAAUCAGAUACCCCCCCAACCCAGAAAACAAAACAAAAACAACACUGAAAUAGAUUUAAGGGUUUAGUAUGAGUUUUCAAUGCACAGGUUGCGAUUAGAUUUAAGGGUCCAACAUGAAAUGCAACGUUCCUUUCUUAUUGCCUGUUUUUGGAUUGCAGGCUCCACAUAAGUUUUCUUUUUUUUUUUUCUUUCUUGACUUGGGGAUGUUUCAAUAAGCACUUAGCAUGGAGGGUUUUAAUUGAGGAAUGAACUCCCUUUCCCUCAAACUAAAAGGCUCAUUAAGCUAAAGGGAGGUAAUAAAGGUGUGUAACCCCUUUCUCCAGUCAGUUUGACAUGCUAAAUGUAGCUUCUGAAGGUGAGAGGGUGGCCGGGGAUUCUCUGCCAGUCUAAAUUGGUGCUAGUGACAUAUGUUUUAGUACAUGUAGCAUUGCCUCUGUAUGGAGCUUGAUCAGCUGAUACGUCAAAACUGUGAACUUUGUUCUUUCAGAGGAAAUCUCUAUGUACUGUAUGGCGAGCUGUGGUCAAUGCCGUUAUCACCGAUCCUAGGAGCAGACGUAAAUACCGUGUCAUCAUGCGUCAAUGUUUGCCAUGUGAAAAACAAACUUUCCAGCAUGUUGAUCUAUUUCUGUUUUUCUUUUCGUGGAUUUACAGCAAAGUAAAUUCAGGGGUUGAAAGUCAAGAAAAAAUGUUCUUACCCUGUUCUUUUUAAAACAUUCUCACUGUACAGCAUGCUGAAAAGCACAAGUCUGUUAAAGAAACCCGACCAGGGUUUUUGUUGUAUAUAUUCACUCAGUUAACUGAACAACUGGCACUAACUGACUCUGCUGCUUUAGAAAAUAUUUUCCACCUGAUAUAUGUCAUUUUCAAAGCACCGUGUAAGUGACUAUUUGCAUGCCUGCUAUGUAUUUCGUGAUAUUGUCGUUGUGGUCUUCUAUGCCACUUCCUUUCACGGUGACCCUUUUUAGCUGGAGUGAACAGGUUGUGAACCAUACGCCCACACUGCUCCCUCCUGGCAGUGGCCUCUCCUUGCACCUCUGCUGUCUCACCUUAUAAAUGGUUACUGUUUUGUCAAUACUCCUGUAUAAUAAGAUAUAUCAUUCUUGCCUUUAAAACCUCAAUGCUAAAAGACACAACACUGUCAUCAUUUCUUGAAUGAUGAGCCGACAUUACAACAUUCCAAGGACAUGUGCUGUUUUAUAGAAAGCUUACAUCGCACAUUCACUUCACCCACCAGUCUGGUCCCAGAUCAGCCACUUCCCUCAAUGUUCUAGUAACACUAACGCGCGUAAGAUGAAUGGUUCUUUCGAAAAAGGAGUAUAGGUUUAAGUACAGAGAAGUCUUAGGGGUUAGUCUUAGAGGUUAUAAUCCAAUGUGGCAUGCAUUUAUUGCACAUAUUUCGUUGUAAUAGAAAACAGCGCAUUUUCCCUGGCUGCAACACACGAAUGCGAUCCAAGUUUAGGUGGGUCAGCGCCAAAGCUGUCCUCCCCGAUUCACUACUGUUUCUAAUUAAUAAAAGUUGCUCCGUCCCAGAAGAACUCUCUCAAAACCUAGAUGAAGUCAUUCACCAGCCAUUAGCAGCACUGUAUAGCACUUUCAUAAAGCACUCAGACAUUUUGAACAACCAAACACACGUUUCAAUUCAUCAUCUAUGUAAACAAUCUGCUUGUUUGCCUGCACCAUAAUAUUUGCGUGGAAGCUUUCUUUCCUGUCUGCAUCUCGAAACAAAGAGUCGUGAGAGAAGUUUGUUGCAGUACGUCGGCACAGACGUUGUUCGUGGGCAGGCGGUUGACAGAAACCGACGUACACAAAUGUGAAUGUUCUAGAAGAGCUAAUCGUUGCUUCAGCCAUCAUAUGAAAAGCAAACUUGUCAUAAGUGAAAAAACGUCACUCAGCUUAAUGUUUACUAAAUGUUUUCGCACAAGUUCUUGUCAUUGUUAAGGUAUUGAAGCCUGUUUAUAUGUGGUGCCUUGUGAUAUUUAUUGAAUAACAACAAGUUUGUGUGAAGUGUUUGAAAUAAAUGACGUACAUGUUGCAUA